AACGAAAUUGAAUCUUUUACAAUUAGUAUAUGCCUCAAUUGCAACUGUUUUUUUUGUAAAAUUUGUGUAACACCGUGUGCCGUAACGCACACAGCUUAAGGAACUUUAUAUACAAAGACUCACACACGCAUGCAAAGCGUGUGUAGCUGUAUUAGUGUGAGUGCCCAGUGUCAGUGCGUGCUCUGCUGCUGCUGUCGUCGUCGUUGCCGUUGAAAAGAGGAAGCAGCAAAAUCAGGCAAAGAAUACGAAUUGUAAAAGGAGCAAAGGGCCAAGAAGAAGAAGAAUUAGAAGCUGUAGAGCGAGAGCAGCAGUGGCAGUUGCCGGAGUGCAGCAGCAGCAGCAACGCUGCUUUAAAUAAAUACAGAGUUUGAGACAUAUUUGUUAUAAAUAAUAACAGUAAUAGCCAAAGCGUACGUGAAGCAGCAACAAAAGGUGUUGCCCCAACGCACACACAUUCAAAAACACAGAGAAUAAAAAAUGCAGCAACAACAGGAAUCGGGAAGCGAGGAAAGCUGGCUGGAGGAGCAGUGUCAUCGAGAAGUCAAUGGUCAGCACGAGGAAUGUGAACGUGAAUACGUGCGUCAGCGUGACAAUAACUUAAGCACUGUCUGGGGCGCAUUCCAGGAUUCGGCAACAGCCGUAGCACAGCUCUAUCGUGAGCGCUCAUCCAACAGCUAUGCUUCGGAGACGGGAGCACUUUGGUUGCCUUUUCAGACUGCAGCGGGAACAGUGACAACGCUUUACAAAGAAUCAUGUGAUGGUCUCAAACGCACCAGCGAUGCUGCCAUACAAUGCGGCUACCAAAGACGCACCCGCGAGUUGGCGGAUUGGGCGCGUAGCAAAAAACGUCGUAUGAUUAGACGUGAGGAUCUGCUUGCUUAUCUGGCUGGAAAGCCACUGCCUACGCAAUCGAAUCCACAUGCCAAUCGUCGUUCGCCCAAACCGGAGCAUCAUCAGCAUGGCGGCGGCGGUGGCGGCAACGCUCAUCAUCAUCAUCACCAUCAUCAUCAUCACCAAGCAAACAUUGGUGGCAAUAAUGUAACUAACGCAACUCUUGGCUUUGCCAGCAAUGGACUGAGCCUUAUGCCGCCCAACUCAGCUGGCGCACAAGCAACGCAUUUGCUCAACAGCGGCAACGGUCAAGCGUCAGCAAUGGGCGCCACAGGCGGCAUAGGCGAUGAUUUGCACACUUUCAAGGAGGCCUUGGUGUUGCGCCCGCGUGGACCGGAACUAUUUGCAUUUGUUGCUAAUGAAAUAGCGCGUCAUUGCAAGCGUCCCGGCAGUCCCAUCGAUGAUAAAAUGGAUAUAUGUCACUAUAGCAGUAAACGUCAACGCUUUAUGUAAAUCCCCAAUAACCAACAGCUGCCAAUUCAGGGUUCAUCUAUAUACAAAUAGUUUUUUUUUUGCUCUAACUAUAUAUGUAAACAAUUUUUUAUAUAGUCAAAAGUGAGAAAGAAGAGCGCAAGCUUUGCUUGUAUGUGUGCACCCUGUCUGACACAUACACACACACACACACAUACAGAUACAGACACAGACACACACAUACAGAUAUAUAUUGCACACCGAAAGCAGUUUAAGAUAUUUUUAAUUAGUUACUAAGCCCUAGAUAGCUUUGUUGAAAGUUAUCAAGUCAAGUUGUGGUUAAACGUAGCAAAUACUUAUUAUAUACAUGCGUAUAUAUAUAAAUAUAUACAUUUUUUUUUUUAUAAACUAUGUUGAAACCACCAGAAAAGGAAAGCUAAAACAACACUGUUAUACACAUUCAGCCCCUCCCUUCCCACUCCCUAUCUUCCAUUUACAAAAGCGAAAAGAAUCCUUUUUUUUUUUAAUUUAGGCAGCAAAUUUACAUAAUCUUGAUUGUAAAAUAUUGAACAAAAUAUAAAUUUUUGUAGAAAAGUUGGUUGUACAUAAUGAUACAAAAUAUACAUGCAUGUAACCAACUGAUGUAACUUAUUAAUUGUUUAAGCAAUUCAUAUAGCACGUCAUGCUUCCU